GGGGCCGGGGCUGCCUUGUGCGCCCGGCCCGGCGUGGCCCAGCGUGCGGGGGCAGGUAACUGCUCUUGCAACUAGGACUGGGCUGUAUGAAAACUCCCAAAGGAAAUGCCAGUUGGGAUGGCUAAAGAUCUGGAGGAAACUGGCUCAUCCUCAGAAGAGGAAGAAGAUCCUAUAGAUGCGCUGGAAGGUCAUCCAUGUAUCAAGUGGACAGGUGGUGGCUGCAGGCGGGUCCCUGUCUUGGUGUUUCAUGCUGAAGCCAUUCUGGCCAAGGACAGCUACCUCCGUCUAAUUGGAGAGCGCUUCCACAUGUCCUAUAAGAUUGUGCGGACAGACAGCCGGCUGGUUCGGAGCAUUCUGACUGCCCAUGGAUUCCACGAGGUUCACCCUAAUAGCAAUGAUUAUAAUCUCAUGUGGACAGGAUCACACUUGAAGCCUUGCUUGCUGCGUUCCCUUACAGAUGUCCAGAAAGUCAACCAUUUCCCUAGGUCGUAUGAACUGACACGGAAGGACAGACUGUACAAGAAUGUCUGCCGAAUGCAGCUCACCCAUGGGUUCAAGGCAUUCCAUAUCUUACCUCAGACCUUUAUCCUCCCAACAGAGUACCAGGAGUUCUGCAAUACCUAUUCUAAGGACAGAGGCCCGUGGAUAGUGAAGCCUGUGGCUUCUUCCAGAGGUCGGGGUGUCUACCUGAUAAAUAAUCCAAACCAAAUUGUAGUGGAAGACAACAUCUUGGUGUCUCGUUACAUCAGCAAUCCCUUGCUCAUAGAUGAUUUCAAGUUCGAUGUGCGUCUCUAUGUUCUGGUUACAUCCUAUGAUCCCCUUGUUGUCUAUCUCUACGAGGAAGGAUUGGCCAGAUUUGCAACAGUGAGGUAUGACCAGGCAUCCAAGAACAUUAAAAACCAGUUCAUGCAUCUGACCAACUACAGUGUCAACAAGAAGAGUGGAGAUUAUGUCAGCUGUGAUGAUCCUGAAGUAGAGGAUUAUGGAAACAAAUGGAGCAUGAGUGCAAUGCUGAGGUACUUAAAACAAGAGGGGAGAGACACUGCAGCACUGAUGGCCAGCGUGGAGGACCUGAUUAUCAAGGCUCUAGUUUCUGCUGAGCUGUCCAUUGCAUCGGCUUGUAAAAGUUUUCUUUCACAUCGUGGCAGCUGCUUCGAGCUCUAUGGUUUUGAUGUCCUUAUUGAUGACACUCUGAAACCCUGGCUGUUGGAAGUGAACCUGUCUCCAUCAUUGGCCUGUGAUGCUCCUUUGGACCUGAAGAUCAAGGCUAGCAUGCUUUCAGAUAUGUUCACUCUUGUAGGCUUUGUGUGCCAGGACCCAGGCCAGCGGUCAAGCCGGAGCAUUUAUCAUUCGUCUGAAUCUGUCAGAAGAAAUCCGUUCCAGAAGCUGCAGCGUCCUGUGUCUGCACAGUCACAAAGAGCAAACAGCAGAUCACAUACCCGUCCUCUGUCUGCCGGCGAUGCUGAAGUGAAAAGCUCAAUGCCCUUAGGCAGGGAAAAGGCAGCAGGAAGGCACAACAGCUCUAUGCUAGGCCUCUCCAUGGAGGAGAUCAAAGUUCUUCGACGAGUGAGGGAGGAAAAUGAACGGAGAGGAGGCUUCAUCCGGAUAUUCCCUACCCCAUUAACAUGGGACCUUUAUGGAUCUUUUCUAGAGCACAAGACAUCAAUGAACUACAUGCUGGCUACACGUCUGUUUAAGGACAGGAGCAAGACAAAAAGAGAGUUCCUCACUGGAAGAUCCCGAGCAGGUCUCCAUGGAAGGCUGGAUAGGAGGAUGGAAAUUGUGGGCUCUCAUGCUCUCUUUUAUGAGAGGAAGCUCGUUUCACUGGAGUUACGGAAGCGGCGGCGAUACCGUGGCAAGGUUGGAGCAGCACAGGCAAGAGCAUUAGGCACAUCAGAACCAACAAAGCUGUCCUUCAAGUCUGACAUGGAAGGUGAGGAGGAAGAGGAGAUGGAUGAGGAUGAAGAUGAAGAUGUAGAUAGAAGUGUUUGCUCUCUUUCGGACACUCCGGUGAAAAACAAGCCAGAGCUCUCUGACUCAGUGAAAACUGCUUGUAAGGAGAGGUUACCAAAAAAACAUAACAAAAAAACUGGAAAUGGAGAAAAGCUGUUUCUGAAAAAACCAGACUCAAAACCUCAGUUUAACUUGCUUCAGAUUCUUCAGAAUCAAGGAAAUUUGAGCAAGAUUCAAGCUCGUGCAGCUUUCUCUGCCUAUCUACGGCACGUUCAGCUCCGACUGGUGAAGGAGGCUGGUGAACAGAUCCAGAAUCCUGCCUGGGUUGCCAAAGAGGAUGAGCAAAUGGACCUCAUCAUCCGCUUUCUGAAGCGAGCUGCCAGCAACCUGCGUCCGUCUCUGAGGCUGCUGCUCCCCAGCCGUCACGUAGGACUGACGGACAGGCGGCGCAUCCUGGCUCGCCAGCUGGGCGAGUUCAUCAUCUGCUACAACAAGGAAACAGAGCUGAUGGUUCAGAAACAAUCAAAAAAGGAAGAGGAGGAGGGAGUGAAUCCUCAAGAUUUUGAGAACUUCAUUGCCAGAGCAAGUGAAAGUGACCUGGAGGAAGUACUGACUUUUUACACACAGAAAAACAAAUCAGCAAGUGUCUUCCUAGGAACAAAAUCCACAACCACAAAACACAGCAACAGCAGUCACCAGUUAGAGAAGCAGCCCCAAGGUGAGCAUCCUGAGAUGGUGAAAAACAUAAAAGGUGAUCACUCCAAAAGUUCAGUUGCAGAUUUGUCUGCAGAAGGAGCACUAAAAGGCUGUAAACCCAAAGAAGCUAAAUCAAGCUUUCCAGAAGGACUCGCCUUCUCCUUAAAUGCCGAAGUGAAAUUACCUCAGUGCAGCCCUCCUGAUGCUUCUUCCUCUGUUCCUGGUGCCACGUUGCAGAGAAGUUCCAGUUCUUGGAUGCCAUCUCAGCCUGCAGCCUCUGAAAAUCCAAAGCUGUCUGGUCAGCCUUCACUGCCAGCUCCUCCAGCUGGUCCCAGACUGAUUCAGUCCCCACCCCCACUGCACUCCUUGCACAGCACAGCUCCUGACAGCUCUUCUGUCCUCACAAACUUGGUGUCCACUGAGACUUGUAGCCUUGCAGGGUUACAUCGUCGUUCUGGUAACUACACCAUUGGCCCAUUCUCAUCUUUUCAGAGAGCUGUUCAAAUCUACAGCCAAAGAUUGUCCCAAAUACCCUCUGCAAAAAUAGGUCUCCAUCGCAGCUCCAGCGGGCCGUGCAUGGGCUCAGCCAGGAUACACAAGGAUGCAGAACACCCUGCCCAGGCCAAACGUCAGGGACACGCUGUGGCAGCAGCAGAACUGCAGCAGCUGGCAGAAAAACAAGCAGCCUGCCAGCAUUCCCCACCAAGCCACGUCAGUCUCGUUACACAGCAGUUAACAAACCUGGACUUGGCAAGUGGAGCUAUAAGCAAGGGAAAUGCAGCUGCCCCACAGAGCUACUGGUCACCACUCAAAAAAAGAGGGUCACUGUGGCCUGUUCAGUCAGACACUCAUAGAGAUGACAAAAGAUCUGUCUCUUCAGCAGUCAGGGCUCCAGAGAAUCAUAAUUUUGCCUUGGAAGGAGAGAUGGAGAACAGUGUUUACAAGGUGACACGGGGUCCUGUGGCACAUCCCAGCUAUCAGCUUCAGUUUGCUGUGCAGCAGCUUCAGCAGCAGAAACUUCAGUUGAGACAGCUGGGGGAGCAAAACCAAGCACGGCAACAGGCUGUUUUUGCCAACUACUCACAAUCCAGCACCAGUCAUAUAUCUAUGCCAGCUGGCUCUGAUGCCCGCAAGACAUCAAAUGCCACUUCUAGUAUCCAGAAGGCAGCCAGUUUGCACAAAGUGAUGCCAUCCCAGAGUACAGCUCCUCAGCUGGUUCCAAAGCCUCCAACAAACCACAGACAGGCAGUGAUCAGAAAGGCUGCAGCCCAGAGGAUAUCCAAGUUGACCUCCACUGAAAAGCAACUGGAUGGAUUCCAGAACAGCCUUCACAGUGCUGCACCCUGUGAGCCAGGGACAUGUUCCACAGCUUCUACUCGCAGAGAAGGAUUAACACAGAACUCCAGGUGAGGAAUCCCAAGAGUUGCUUCAAGUAUGGGACAACGGAAGAAGCAGCAGCAGUGACUUCACACCAUCACAUUCCCAUAUUAGGCAAAAAAGAGAGAAGAGGAGGCCUUGGUGAGAGAACAACCCACUGAAAAGAGUAUCUAAACAUCUGUGAAAGCAGAUUGUGGUGAUACACCUGCAAGCUGAGAUGAAUGAAUGCUUCUGGGAGCUUCUGCUGCUGAGUCUUUGUCCCUUCAAGGGACAAAUCACUAACUGUGAGAUCUUUCUGUAAGACAAGAGAUCUUUCCUGCAGCUAGUCUUCCUAAAGUCCAGGUUUGAAUAUAAAGUCUCACUUGCUCAGCCAUUUCAAUCUGUUCUAGUCUGGUAAUAGCCAAGAUUCCAUACUUUCAUCACAUGGCAACCAUCAGCAGAGAAAAAUAUUAGAACAUGUGACUGGAGAUGUCUGUGUUGGUUGCCAUCUUGAAUUUUGGCACAGAGCCAUAGAAAUUAACAGUUUAAAUAAAGUCAUUUCAUUUGUUUGUUUUGGUUAUAAUUUCAGUUAUUAAUUCACACGCCCAAAAUAUUUGCUGUUGUUAUAUUGGACAGGAUUUUAAAUCUGUCUUUGUUUCACUGUAAGAUACUUGUAUUCUGUGUGGCUUAUUUUGUAUUUUGAUUUCUGUUUGUUUAGACUUUGUAAACUUUUUAAAUCGGCUGAUGUUUUCAGACCCAGGCUUGAACCCCGAGGCCCAGGUGUCUCUUAUCAGUUGCAGUAGUGUCUUGGUGAAGAAGUUCAGUUAAAAUUUGCCUAGUGUUAUGAAAAUUAGUUUGCUUAUGUUAGAAAACAAUGUCAGCAGCUGGAAAUUGUAUUGGAGAGAAGAUCCAUCCAUCCUUAAAAUGAACAGGAAGCAGCUUCAGCUCUGGCUCUUGGUUGGUGCCAAGUUAAAGGAAAACUCAGUAUUUUGCAACUUCUCCCUUGUCCAACAGCAAGGGGUGUGAUUGAUAGUUCUCAAAGGUAAAAAAUGUUCUAUUGCUUGUAUCAGAGUCUUCAGAGAUUGGAUUUGACAUCCUGUUUGAUGUCUUUUCUUACUCCACUUUCCUCUGUCUUUUGUAGUUUGUAUAGUCAGUGUUAAGAGAUCAUUCAAAUCUGUUGACAGGUAGAUAGUCAUCAACCCAAAGGACUGACAAAAGAAACUAUGUCAGAGAGGGAAGGUGUUUUCUCUUGAAACUAUUAUGUUCAUGUUCACUCUUGAAUUCCACAUAUUUUCUGUCACUCAAGACCAGACAAAUUGUGAGAAGGUUAAAUAAUUAUGUUCAUACCUUAUUAGUUUCACCAUCACUCACUUCAGGCAUGAGUUAAUAGGACAGAAUAUGCAUUUUUCUAUUUCUGGUACACUCACACAUGUGACACACUGAAUACUUCACUUGUCUGAAGUGCAGCUCUCUGAUACAGCUGUUCCCUUCCUUAGCUUAUCUUUCAUUUCCAUUAGACAGUCAUGAUCACGUUCACUUUCUUCACAUUUUUGUUGGCUCAUGAUGAGUGAAAGUUUAGUUGAAGAAGUUAUUUCAGACUUGUGCACAUUCUCAGCAGCUGUGGGCUUUAGGACCGUAGGUCUGUCUUCUUACAGCCUACUCUGCUAUGCUGAUAUUGGCUAUUGCCUCCAGCUCGGUCAGAGGGGCUAUUUCCAUGUAAGAUUGAGCUUCAGUAAAUAACAAUUCCAUUCCUUUCUUCCUCCCAAUGGAUCUGAGUUAUCUUUAUUCCACUGGGUUUAUAUACAGCAUUCAGUAGCUGUAGGAUAUACAUCCUUAUGGACCUCUCAUCUCUGCUUUUGUUUACUAGUUUGUUUGUUCAGGUUAUCACAGCCUCUACUGAAAACUGUAGAGAGGUUUGUAGGAUAAAGACUUAGCUCAGGAAAGGUGAUUGUCUUAUAGGAAUCCUCGUCAGAAGCAACAUUCUUACAUAUUUGUCAAGAAAAUUUCCAAUUAGUGCUGGCUUAUUAUGAACACGGGUGAAUUGUUUUGUCAGUUUUGCCAGUCUCACACCCACUCAUUUUGGGAUAAUGAUUUGAACUUGGUUACAGACAUUUUUCCUCAACUUCUUUGUAUUGCAUGUUAGAUGUAGCCAACAUCUGUAACUGUGAUGACUUAGUAGCAGCAUAUUAAAUAUUGUGUCUCUGAGAUUUUUAAAAUAUUCAGGAAAAUGCACAGUGCAGUCCAAGACCCUUAUUUUGAAGGGAUUAAUUUUGUCAGGAGCAGUGAGGACUUGCAUCCUUUUCCCUGAGAAGAUUUUUCUCCUGCUUCAGACAAAUAAAAAAAAACAACCCAGGAGUAUCAAGACUGGUCCUUUACCUGAAGCCAAACACCUAGACCAUGAAUUCCUGUUUAUUCUCAGGAUGUGCUCAGCCGGAGCAUCAAAUGACAUAGCAGUAUUCCUUUGUCUUGAGCAUCUGCUGAUCCCAUCUCUGAACACAAAUGCUGAUACACUGGGAACAUAUGCAAUAGAGAAGAAAUUGUGUGAUUCCAGCCGCUUAUUUCUUCCACCUCCCUGUAUUCUUCAGCCUGUAGUCCAUAUGUCUGUGCAUGGUGGGUACUGUGUACUGAAGACUAACGUGUAUUUUGUCUCUUUGCAGCUCUGCUACCUCCAUGUCUGUCCCUUUCCAUAAGUCUCUUAGUGCUGCAGUUAAGAGAUUCAGUGGGGAAGCAUAGGACUGUUUCCCACUCAUCUUGGGAGAGAAGGCAUUUUACAGGAAGUGUUUUCUUCUACAAGGGAGGAAAGUAGAAUAGCAAACCCUUUUGGAUAUAUAAUAGUUGCACAAGCAGAGUACAGGUAUGUGUUCCUCAAGUGUGGUUUAUUUUUUCUCUGUAUUCAUCAAUGGUUCCAUCAGAAGUGUCCUUCUUCACUGCAAGACAAUUACUAAUAGAAAACCCCAACAAUCAUUCAGCAUCUAUCUCAGUGCUGACAGUGAAAAAUGUUAUCAAAGGAUCCCCCGCUUCUGUGAUCUUUGUAUCACUUCUGACUUACAGAGCCUGUUCUAGUGACAGAGAAUGAGGCUUGAAAGCAAUAAUGUGCACAUCAGAGUCCUGGAGGCUGAGCUAAUGAAGAGUUCAUACAGCAUUUGUGCUUUGUUUAGGUGAUGAGCAUACCAUGACAUAAAAAUUAAGGGCAGGGUUAUAAAAUUCUCUUCCUUUCCGGAAGAGCUGACUUGUGCUCAAUUCAUGAAAUAUCAAGUUUCCUUUUCGCAUGUUUUAUCUUGACCUUUAAAACAGCCUCACAAGGAAGGUGAGUGCCAUCAAUGGUAAGAUCAUGUUGUGACCCUAAACAAAAACCACUUAGUCUUGGAUGCCAACAAGAUAUACUGAAAUUUCUAUUCUCAAGACUAGGUAU